AUGAGACAUCGUAUUGCCAGGAAUGAUGCGGAGCAUGGUGCUGCAGAUGAAGAACCAGAAGGUGACAGUGGAAGUGGUGGUGAAGUUCCUCGAGAUGAACAACCGGAUGAUGAUGACGAAAGCAUUGAAGAAGAAAUUGUAACACCCAGGCAGAAGUACCAUUGCUAUUUGCAGUCUGCCAUGGAAAAGGUGAGCGAUGUGGAGGACUGGAAGUUGCAAGACGCGUGGCAAUGGACACUGCAUUGGACAUGGCUGAGGCGAUUGAAAACAGUUGAGCUGUUACCUCAUCGUCUAUGGAGCCUCCAAAACCUUUGGCGUUGGAUGACCAUCGAUGGGAUUUACUUGGACAAGGAUCCCUGCUGCCCUGCGCGACCUGGUGUGCGCGGCCAAUGGCUAACACCCUCCCGCAGCGCCGCAGCCGGCAAGCUCUUGGAUGCCAUUGCCCAAUUGGAAGGCCCCCAGGUUGGCGUGCGGUUACUCUGUCACAGUGCUACUUUCAGCCGACUGGUGCACAGCAUGCGGUGUGCGCCCCCUACGGCGCAGCAGGCUGCUUGGACUACAUUUGACAGCAAGGUGCACGAGUGCUUGGUCCAGCUCACUGGGCUCCCCCUUGGUCAGACAUCGCUCCAGCAAGCUGCGCGUGGGCUCUCUUGGGCUGGCUUGGGCUUGCGUUCCACUGCUCGACACGCUGCUGGUGCUUACCUGGGUGGGUGCUUGAUUGGAGGCUUGGACCCUCUCUUCAGCUCGCACCUUGUAGCCGACCUGGACGGGGCGCUCCAACUUUACAAUGGGGCCAGCGGCCGGGUCCUCACUAAGGAUGCAGCCCUCGCAUUGACGCAGAAACAAUUGUCGCACCAGUUCGACUCUGCUUCAUGGGACUCGCAGUUUAGCAUUGCAAGUGUGGCUGGCCGGGCAAUUUUGCUGUCGGAAACCGAGCCUGGCGCUCGCGCUUUCCUGAACGCUCUUCGCCGGCGCUUGGGUGUGCCAGACGCUGCCAGGGACACCUGGUGCCCACGCUGCAAUGGCAUUCUAGAUGCUCAUUCGCACCAUGCUGGUAUGUGCUUGGCGGGCGGCGGCCGCACUCGUCGUCACCAUGCUGCCCGGGGGCUGGUUGCUGCUUGGGCAACCUGUGCCGGACUGGCGCCUGAGCUCGAGAAGGCGGAACUGCUUCUCCCACAAUGGCCGGACGACGCAAGGCUUGCACUCCGGCGGCCCGCUGAUGGCGCCCCAACUGCGCUUGUCCUGGCCAUCACUGGCCGCUUGCGGUUGGAGUUGCUCGCGGAAACUGGACGGCAUGCCUUGGCAGCUGCAGGUGUCUACGGCCACCUCAAGAAGUCGCACUUGAACACGGGCCAACUGUGCACUGCACAAGGGGUACCAUUCCGGCCCAUGGUGGCGGAGUCAACAGGUGCUUGGGACUCUGAGGCUUCACAAAUCCUGCAGCUCAUCGCUCGCGGUGUCUCUGCCCGAGAAGGCUGGCACCCUGCCGCCACCCAAGCCACUCUUCUCGAAGAGCUUUCGGUCGCCAUCCGCACCUGCCAUGGGCAGUGCUCAGUCGCCGGGCUAUUUUGGCUGCUGCAACCAUGGAUGCCGCCGAAGCAGAGCUGGCCCUUGCCGCAGAUCAGUGAGAACUCCAUGACAUCCCUUUCUGAGCCAGAUCUAUGCUAG